AGAAAACCUCUUGAAAGUACUGGAGGCAAAACAGAAACAGACAGGAAACUGAUUGUGGUCAUGUAACGCCCUCAACAUCACAUGCAGACACACAGUCCAUCAGCACUAGUGUUUGAUUCUCAUCACGUGAGAUAAGCAACAAAUUAUUAUUAUUUUUUUUUUUUUUACUCUACACUGAUAGAAGAGAGCAGUAUUAGAAGGAUUAUUGGAGAUUUGAGAUUAAGAAAGUCAUUCGAGGAACUGCUGAGAGGUUCGAGCUCUGAAUUCAACCGAAGAAGAAAUGAAGUUUCCACUGAUGACUUCUGGGUUUCUACUGAUGGUGAUCAGUUCAGUGUGUGUGGACAUUACAGUGAGAGGAACAGAGGAAGAACAUGUGAAUAUUACAUGUCCUUAUGAUCAUGGAUAUGAAAACUCUUAUAAAUACUUCUACAAAGGACAUUACAGAGAUAAUAAUAUUAUACUAAAAUCUUAUGGAGGAGAGUCAUCAGUGUUUAAUGGCAGAUUCUCACUGCGGGACGAUCAUCAGACAAGAUCAUUUAUAGUGACCAUCAGAAACCUGAGUAUGGAAGAUGCUGGACUGUACGGCUGUGUUGCUGGAUGGGGAGAAUAUAAACAAAUCCAGCUGAAUGUGAUUAAAGCUCCACAGAAAAAAAUCUCAACAUCCACCCUCCAUCCAGACAUGGAGCCACAAUCCACCAUCAUCACAAUCACAGAUCAUCACAUCUCCUCAGCAGGUUCAUUUAUGAUUAUCAUCACUGCAGAGGCUUUGGUUUUACUCCUAAUAGGACUUCCAUUGAUUAUAGUGGCUCUGUGGAAGCAAAAGAAGAAUAAAGGUCUGCUGUCGACCUCCACCACAGAGUUUAAUCCAGUUUUAUAUGAACAGAUUAAAGUCACUGGACAUCACUGUAAUCCAGAGGACAGAGACACAGAAACAACUGUAGUUUACACCUGUGUUUCCUAAACUUGAGACAUAUGUGUCCCUACAGACAAAUCACCCAUCCAUAUAUAAUAUAAUAUAAUAUAAUAUAAUAUAAUAUAAUAUAAUAUAAUAUCCCAUUCAAACCAUGUUUUUCUGGAUUGCUCUUGCAUUUUUAUAUGUAUUUUGUUUAAUUUUUGUAUGUCUGUUAACUUAUAUGUUCUGUAUAUAGUAUUUUCUUGUUGGAUGUUGAGCUCAAGGUUUGUCUGGUUAGUUUUAUCUGUUCACCCCUGCUGGUACAUUCAAAUUACCUGUUUAUUAUGAUAAAUUCUUGAAAGCAUCAUAUAAUGGCAGACAUUUAAUUCUGUUUUACUAGAUGUUGUACCAGUGAGAGUAGUUUUAACAGUGAAACACCACUGAUUCUGUUCAAGAAGAGUUGAUCUAUCACAGAUUUGAUCAAGCAAACAACUGAGUGAACAAAUAUGACACCUCAUCUACAGCCUAUGUAAAACACUUUAUGAUUUGGACAUUUGUAGCAUUUUAAUGUUGCAUUAGCUUCAGAAAAUUACUGAAUGGUAGUCCUAGACAGCAAACAGGACAAAUAUAAGACCAUUUGAAAUCUUAAGAUCAUCCAAAGGUUUAUAAACCAUCUACUGUAAUACAAUAUAAACAAAUAUUUACAAUUUAAAUGUUUCAAAUGAAGAAAAACUGUCAGGUUUAAAAGACUGUGAGUGAAGAAAGAUGCUUUGUGCAGCCAGAUGGUGUAGUUACGACAUCUACCAGCAGGGGCUAAAAUAGGCCUCACUAACCAGCUAAACCUCAACUGCCUGGCAAGAACAAUGAGUUCAGCAGCUUCACUUCAGCCUCUGUAUCACUAUGCCAACAUCUUGUUUUGUGU